AUGGUGAAUUUCACAGAGAAUGUGACUGAGAAGUGCAAUAUUAAUCACGAAAUCCAUGAGACAUUAUCCCCUGUGGUGUACAUAUUUGUGUUCAUAUUAGGCUUGCCAGCAAACUGCCUGUCCCUGUACUAUGGCUAUUUACAGAUCAAGGCUAAAAAUGAAUUAGGUGUCUACCUUUGCAAUUUGACUAUAGCAGACCUGCUGUACAUAUUUUCUUUGCCUUUUUGGCUUCAGUAUGCUUUACAGCAUGACAACUGGACCUACGAUGAGCUGCUGUGCAAGGUGUGUGGCAUCAUCCUGUACGAGAACAUCUACAUCAGCGUGGGCUUCCUGUGCUGCAUCUCCAUCGACCGCUACCUGGCCGUGGUGCACCCCUUCCGCUUCCAGCGCUUCCGCACCGUGAGGGCUGCUGCCAUCGUCAGCAGCGUCGUCUGGGCCAAGGAAAUCAUCACGUGCAGCUUUGUCUUCACACAUGGAGAGAUCAGCAUGGAUGCUGAGAGCCACCUGGUGUGCUUUGAGCAUUACCCCAUCAAGAAAUGGGAGCACAGUGUCAAUUACUACCGCUUCUCUGCUGGCUUCCUUUUCCCCUUGUUUCUGCUGGCCUUCUCCUACUGUGGGAUUCUACGAGUUGUCCACAAGAGUCCUGGCACCCAAAAGAAGAAGAAAAUCCAAAUUAAAAGACUGGUAUCAAGCACUGUUUUCAUAUUUUUAGUCUGCUUUGGACCAUACCACAUCCUACUUGUAGUUCGUAGCUUGUUGGAGAACAGCUGCUCAUUUGCUGAGAAAAUAUUCAAUGUUUACCAUAUUUCUCUCCUGUUAACCACUUUUAACUGUGUUGCUGACCCAGUAUUGUACUGUUUUUCCAGUGAAAGCACUUACCAGAACUUCGUCAAGAUGAGAGACUCUUGCCUAACGUGUUUAGGCCAUCUGAGUACUGAGACGAAGGAAUCCUAUCCACUAAACACUACUGAAACUCCCAACAGAAAACAGCAUGAACAACAACCAGGGUUAUUACAAAUACCACUUGAUGAUGCUGGAAUGAAGGACUGCUUCACAACUAAUGCAGACAGCCUAUAGCAUUAACCAAAAGGACCUUAAUCCUACACCUGCAGCUAUGGCUGUGUUUGUGGAUCUGUCUGAAUUAUUCAUGCAUUACAACAGUGAGAACUCCCAAAGGCUUAUGAGCAAUGCUGUGCAGUGGAGCUGUUUCCAGAGGUGCUUGGACCCUGGCAAUAGUGAGGAAAGUCCCCAUGCUGUUUAAAUUAGACAGCUGGAAUGCAGAGCAUGCUGUACUACAUGGAAUUGUCAUCUGAGGGAUUAAGGCUCAUUGGAGAUGGAACUUUGAUGUGGUCAGCUUUGGUCAGCUGCUGCAGUUUAAAAUCAGAUGGAAACUUGUGUAACACAGUGCAGCAUUCUGCUCCAGUUCUCAGCACUUAUCCUGCUAACCCAGAACAGAAAGGAGGGUUUUUUUCUUCUUUUUCCCUUUUUUUUUUUCCUUGAGGCCAAUAUUUUAUCAAUUCUUUCUGUAUUGUAACUGUUUGGCUUAGGCUGCAGAACUGUAACCAACAGAGCAGGAAGGAAACUCCCACUCACAGCUUUUCCUUCCCUCUCAGUCAAAAGACAUUCACUCAAGGGUCCUGCUAAGGUUGCUAGAGACAUGCUACACAUGCUACUGAAGUAAAUGCCAUGCUUGGGAUGCACACAAGAAAGCAUUUUAAAAGCACACACUCCAGAAAAAGAAAAAAAAAAAUAUUACAUUUUGUAUUUCUUAAUGAAAACUGACUGUUAAGACUUAUAUUUUGGGGCGAAAAAAGAGAAAAAGGUUACUAAAUGAUUUUUUUUUUUAAAUUAUCCAUUGCACCUGUUAGUGUAACAUGUCAGUAGCACAGAAAGAAUAAAAUCAGCUGUUUCUUUUAAAAGGAUGCAAAUUUCAUUCUGCAAGUUCUGUGCAGCAGUGAACACAUGCCAUCCUGCAGAGUUACUGGCUUUGGCAAAAAGUUCAAGCAUUCUUACGAAAUAUUUUACUUGAUACUUAUAUAUAGUUAGGAGAGUUUGGAGACUUCUAAAGGAGAUAUUUUCUAAUUGUGAAACUUCCAAGAUACUUUUCUAGUACAUCCUUUGAGAAGUUUUUAGAUAAAAUGAAUCUAAAAAAAGAAGACUGAUCUAGAAAAUGACCAUUGGGAUCUUUGGUGAACCUGAAUGUCUAGCAGAAGUCUGGCAUUAAGAUUUUUUCUGUCAUAUGUUCUACUAUUCUAUGUCUUCAAAGGCCCUGUAUCCUCAGGGACUUCUGAUUAAUGUUCAAAAUAUGCUGGUGCUUGUGGUAUGAAAUUAUUUUUCUCAUUCUGAAAAAGUUAAGUUGUUUGUCUUGUAUUGAAGAAGGAAAAUAAAACUCACCUGCCAGGAAGGAAAAGAGAUAUAAAGUGUUGUUCGCUGCUGAAAGUCCCACUGAAGGCAACUUCCAUUUCAUGACAGGAAAAGCACCAGUGCUGUAGGGGUGGUGUCAAAUGCACCUCCCUCUCUCUGCUGGCAGGGCUGACAGCCAGCUGAACUGUAGUCCUGCCACUCACCUGGAGUUAAGGUAAAAUUACAGCUUUGAAUGACAAAAGCUGGGCACAGUUCACAACCAUUUGUCAUGAACUGCUUCAGUGUCAGUAAUCCUACGGGACAGAAUUCAAUGUUACUGCACUUGGUCUUGUCAGGAGCUGAACCUCUACAAUAGGAAUUUAUGCAAAAGUUCAUUAACAUAAUGUUAUACUGAAUGCAAAUGUUUAUUCAUUUAGAAUCAUGCUUUAAUUUCUAAUAAUUAUUUUUGUAUUCAAUUAAUUUCUUUGUAACAACAGGAUACUCUGAAAUGUCUACACAUUUUCUCUACUAUCCAUAAAGUGGCAAAAUACAUAAGUGGCAAAUUACUAAUAUGACAGGGGAUAAUGGCACAGCCAACCCUUUACACAGAAGAUCUGCAAUGCUGCCCUUAUUUUCAUUAGUUCAGUUAAAAUUUUCUCCUUCUCCCCUCACACUUCCAGAAACUAUCCCCCACCAUAAGAACACAAGAGGGGGGCUACAGGAAGUGUGCAGUGGAGCUCUCACUACUGUAACACUGCAAUUUUGUUUUGAAUCUUCUCUCUCUACUGUAGCUGUUUUCCUCACCACAAGUAUUUUUAAAUCCAGGUUGCUAUGAAAGUUACUUCCUGUUGCAGUUAUGAGGUUAGUAAAACAAGAACAGCAGUGCAAUAAUAUCUCAUUGUAAUUUCAUGCUUUCUUUGUAAAAGCCAGAUCACCUCUAAUUGUAUAAUAUAAUUUAAUAUUAAUUUUCCAUUAAAAAUUAUAAAAUUACAAAAUUCCAUUUUCCAUUAUAAAAUUACAGAAAAGAAAUGUAAGCCAAGUGGAUGAUGAUAUCCUCUUCUUGUUUCACAGAGAUGUUGUAAGGAUAACAAUGAAAGGCUGUGUGUGGUCAAGACACCAGAGAUGAAAAGCCAUCUUUUUCUGAUCUUUUACAUCUUGAGAGAGCCUCAGAAAUAAGGAAAUGACAUGGGAGCAUCUCUUCAUGUAGAAAUC